AUGCCUCCUAAGAAGAACUCUGACGCCGGUGCUGCCGCCGCUGGCCUCGACUGCACUGAGUCCGAGAUCAAGCUCAUGAUCGCCAUCAUGGAGCUCAUGGCUCGUCCUGCCCUUGACUACGACGCUCUUGCCGCCAAGCUUGGCUCCGCCAGCACCAAUGCCGCCCGCAUGCGCGUCACUGCAGCCGUCAACAAGCACCCGACUUGGUUCACUGGCGGCGGUGCUGUUGCCACCAACGAGGACGGUACUCCGGUCAAGAAGGCUCGUGCCAAGCGCACCCCGAAGAAGAAGGCGCCUUCCGAUGAGGAUGAUGGCGACAAUGCUGAGAAGCAGGGCACGCCUUCCAAGAAGAAGGCACGUACUGCCAAGGCCAAGGAGGAGCUGGAGGAUACCACUGCCGAGGAUAUCAAGCCGAAGCUCGAGAAUGCUGAGAAUGCUGAGACCGCCGAGGGCCAGAUUUGA